CGUCAUAAAACAAUAUGUCGAACACCAUGUGUUUGUUGUAAAAAGUGUUAGUAAUAUUAUUUUUUCAUCAUAAUGGAUAUAAUAAUCGAUACUCGUGGAGAAUCAAGUCUCCUUUCGAGAGAUAGAUUAAUUGAUAGUGAUGAUGACGUUGAUUUUGAUGAAACCACUCUCAACGUCACUGGAAUUUCUUAUUAUAAAAGAAGUAAUGGAAACGAGAAGAAGAGAAAAGUAAAAGAAAAUGAUAUUGAUUUAGAUGAAUUUGAAGCUGCUAUGGGGUGGAAUGAAGAUAAUAAUAGUAAAAAAUCUAAAAAAUUUGAUCAAGAUAUACUCAAUGUAGAUCAAAUAUCUAAAGAAGUAAAUCCAUUAGAUGAACUUCUUAGUAAGUCUGCCAUAAAACCAGGUUUCGAACAACUCGAAUCUGUACCACGUUAUGACGUGAGUAGAAGAAUACAUCAGAAAAUAGCGAGGAAGGAAAGAGAAAAAACAAAAGGAAAGAAAUGGUUCAACUUGCCAGCAACUGAAAUGACUCCAGAAAUUAAACAUGAUCUUCAGAUUAUUCAAAUGAGGUCUGUUCUUGAUCCAAAACACUUCUAUAAGAAGAAUGAUAUUAAAGCUUUACCUAAAUACUUCCAAGUUGGUAAAGUUAUGGAUACUCCAACUGAGUAUUACAGUGGACGUUUAACUAAUAAAGAACGUAAGAAGACUUUAGUUGAUGAAUUGAUAGCUGAUGCAGAAUUCGCCAAGUAUAAUAAGAAAAAAUACAAGGAAAUCAUUAAUUCCAAUAGAAAGACGCAUUCAAAAGCACAUCAACAUUCUAGAAAACUAAAGAAAAAGAAAUAAUGUAUUUUAUAGGAUUAAAUUAUCUAAUUUGUAUGAUUAAUAAAUUAAUUUUCAUCAUA